GUUGGCAGUAAUGCUGCUGCUGCUGCUGCCGGUGCAUUGCCAGGCAGCAGCGGCGCCGCUAUCGACGGCCUUGCUAGUGGUGCUGCUUCUACAUCUGCUGCUGCUGCCGCCUCCCCCACCCACCUAACGGUGGCGCUGGGUCUAGCCUCGGGCCAUGUGGUGGUGCUGAGUGGGGAGGUGCCGCCGCAGGGCUCCGGCGGUAAGGCGCGUCUGUCGCACUGGCGGCGCCUGAGUGUACGGCCCGACUCGGGGGACAUGUGGAGCGUGACAGGGCUGGAGAUAACGGGCACCUCCGACCUGCAGUCGCUGUUUGUGGUGACGGAGAGUCAGACGCUGAGCUGCCACCUGCAAACAAACACGAAGACGGUGUUGGACCCGCAGGGUAGCUGCAGCCCCCGCUGCUGCUGCCUACGACCGGGGGGCGCGUUGCUAACAGUGGCUCGGGCGGAGGGUCUGUACGACUACACCUCCGACACCCGAGCGGGGUGUACGGUGUUCGAGGGGGUCAAGCAGCGGCUGGGCACCUUCGGGCGAUAUCUGCUGGUGGUCACCCGUGAGGACAGCGCCUCCGUCGCCUCCUCCGCCUCCAC